AUGACGAGUCCUACAACUACAAAACAACAAAUUGAAAAGAUUGAUGAUGAUGAAUGUAAACUUUCGAAAUACAUUCAAUCAAUGAUCAUUGAAAAGGUGAUCAAUGAUCAUCAAUACAAAGAUCAGUAUUGUAAUUAUACAUUCAAGUUAAUAUCACCAAAUGAUGCUGUUCAUUUAAUGAUCAACAAAACACCUCUGGAGAAACAAAACAACCAAUAUAUUACAUUCAAACAACAUCAAAGUAGUAUUGGUAGUAUUGCAUUGGUAUCGAAAUGGUGGUUGAAAGUAGUACAACAAACAAAAAAGGAAUCAACAAGUAUAAAGAUAGAUGGGAUAUUGAAAGAAUCAUACUUUUCAGAGAAUGUAACAAAUCUCAGAUGGAAGGUUGGAAGAAACCAAUCGGGAGGAUACAAAAAGUUUAACUUUAAAAGAUUACCUCUUUUAUUACCAAAUCUACAGUCAAUCGAUAUCGUCGCAAAGAAUUUAGACAUCAAAGCAAUUAGAGCAAUGGUACAAGUAAUCAAUGCAUUCCCACAUAUUCAAGUACACUUGGAUAUCACCUUUGAUGAUGGAGAUGAUCCAGAAUGGCCCAACAAUGAAUCCUUCAAAGGACCACUCAAACCUAUCGCAGUCGUAACACUAUCACACGGUAGUUAUUAUCAAGAUCAAUCAACUGUCGAUUAUUUUCAUCAAAUGAUCGAUGACUUAAACCCAAUCAGUGUCAAUCUUGGGUUUCGAGCCUAUAUUGAUGGACCCAUACAUUAUGAUCACUCAGAGUUAUUCCCACUUCUCAAUGAAUCAACACGUCAACUCAACAUUGAAAAUGACUUUGUCGAACUACCAAAUUUAAUAGACCUUGUCAACAAUAAGAGUAUUCAUAGUCUAAAAGUUGGUAUCAUCACAUGUCCUUUGGAACAAGAAUUACAAGAUGAAAGAGAUGAAGAAGACGAUGGAGAAGAUGAUGAAGAAAGAUACGAGAAUCGUAAUAGUUGUAGCUCAUGUAUGAGUCUUGAAAUUACAGAUACCUUGGAAGAUUGGGAUCAGUUUUGUAACGAUCUCACCAACAAUACAACAUUAAAAAAUCUUUGGUUGGAAGGUCCACAUUCAGAUCUACCAAUGAUAGGUGAACCAGCUUCAGUGGAGCGAUUAGCAUCACCAUUUGUAUCUAUUUGGCAAACAAACAAGAAUAUUACAGUUCUUGGACUAUCAACUCUACCAAAAAUCAUUUCACUUUUAUUCUUUUCCAAUUUAACUUUUAAUCAAACUAUUACAACGUUGAUGUUGACAGAUGGUACAUUGGCACAACAAUACGUUCCAACAUUCUCUCUAUUUUUAAUGGUGAAUCAGACAAUCACAUCAAUAGACAUAAGCAAGAAUCAAUUACAACCAAGUUUUGAAUUGGACACUGCACUCAAACAAAACAAAACAAUCAAAAUAUUAAAUAUUGGUGGUAACAAAUUCACAUCAUUUAUAUUUGAUGCAUUAUUAGAGGGAGACUCUAUCAAAUAUUUAUUGAUUGAUCAACCAUUAUCAAAUUAUUAUCAUCAACAUAGAUAUUUUAUUCAAUCAAAAUCACUCUUAAAAUGUUUUACUGUCGGACCAAUCAAUUAUAAAUUACGUAAUUUUUAUUUUGAUAGUCCAAUCAUUUAA